AUGCUCGCUUGGGGAGCAGGGCGAGGGUCGGCCGGCCCCUCGCUGCCCCCCAAGAAACCAGAACUCAGCGAUACGGACAGCGAAGCCCAGAGCGCGCUGCUCACCAGCGCCGCCGCCCUGGCUAGAAGACGGCGCGCCGUAAAAUUAAAACGAAAGAUCACCUUCAAAGUUUCAAGGAAAUUGACCACGACGGCUCAAGCCGAGAGAGUCUCGUGGGAGACGCCCUUGCGCGGGACAAGCCUAUUUCCGGCCGAGCUCGAACUUAAAACCGCCCGAGCAGAGCUGGCCCUACAGGCCAACAGCGAUUUUCGAUAA